UACGCCCACUUACCUGACAAGAGACGAGCAAACACAGCAACUUUACUCAUUCAACGGCAUCUCCUGCAACCGUUUUGGAGAUCGGAAAGCACUGAGAUCCGGAACUUCUAGUAGCGGACUUGGGUGGUGAUCCAGUUAUCCUGCGUAGGCGUUUGAUCACCUCGCUUGUCGAGCUCAUUGAAUCAACAAGGUGUUUGCUGUCGAAUGACACGAACUGUGAUGGAUCAAAAUCCACAUUCGUCAGAAUCUUACUUGAACACCGCCACUGCGGUUGCAGCUUCACUUUCAGAGGACGCAACCACAAUGUGGCAGCAUUACACAACCGUGCAGGCCUGCGAGCCCCAUCUGAGGGUGGGACAGGAGCCUAUUAUAACCGCUGGAGAAAACCAUGAGUCCCAUCUGAGGAUGGGACAGCAGGACCCGGUAACCACUCGAGAAAACUGUGAGUCCCAUCCAAGGAUGGGACAGCAGGACCCGGUAACCACUGGAGAAAAUCCCAACAUGAAAGUGGGUACAGUUGGCGGAAUGGGAAACGGACAAACAAUUACUAUCGGUGAGAAAGAGGAAGGCAUUUCGCUAGCGGCUGCUGCAUUGGUGCCACUUCCUCGCUCUUCAUCACCAACUGAUAGUCAGCAAACCUCACCCACGUCGUCCUGUUUCAUUACCCCAGCCUCUACCCCCUCCCGUUCGCCCUCUCCCCCUCGACACUCCCCACUCCACCCUUCCCAACAAGCCACACUACCCCAUGGUGAGUUUGUCGAUGGUUGCCAAGACAAUGAGCAAGACAACGGAAACCAUAGCGACGGACCCUUUGAACCCCACUCCCUGUUGGUUCGUCUUCCUACAAUGAUCGAUGCUGAAACUCAAACUCACUAUAUAACUGCAGUUGAUUCAUUCUCGCAAACUCAUGCUACCGUCACUCAAGACUCAUCCACUAACACGGAGAAAGAGGAGCCCCCUGACCUGAUUGAUGUGGAAUCACAGACGGAUGGUAAUGAGGGGUGGGAGGGAGAGAGAAGGGAGGUGGGGUGCAACACGAAGCUGCAGAUUUCACCAGAACUUCUGGAGAGAGCACAACUGGCUGAGGAGCUUGUUCGCCUUCGGAGUGAACAGGCUGCAGGGGUAUUGGAGAGGAACGAGGCCAAGUCACAGCAGAUGGUGGCCGAAGAGCUGUCGAGAAUAGUUCAGUCAGAGCUGGUGGAGCUACGGCAGAGGAACAUUGCCGAGACAACCACCAGAGUACGCCUGGAGAACCAGCUGGGAGGGCUGAAGGUUGAGUUGUCUUCAUCACGUAAGGAGGCCCGGGAGAAAGAGGAGAGAAUCACCGAGUUGGAGGAGACUCUCAAAGGAACAUCACUACUUGUCCGCAAGCUCGAAGAACAGAAUGCAGUGUCUCUUAUGAACAGAGGGGGAAUAGACUACAUGCUGCAGGCAAAGCUUGCUGACGCCAGAGCUCAAGAAGCGGAACAGAAACUUGAAGUUGCCCAGACUGAGCUGCUGCAUAGUCAAGGUGAGGUGAAGAGGCUCCUGGACAGAGUUGGAGUGGCCACUCGAGACAGAUCUGAGAUGGUCUCAAGCAAGGUUCAUAACCAGCUGCUGCAGAUUGCAGAUGAACGUGCUCAGUCAGCAGAGCAGAAAGCCCUACAGCUUGAACGCCAACUACUCAGUCUUCGCGACAAAUAUGGUCAUCCUGAAACAUCUCAUCCUUCUACGUUUACUCGUCCGUCAACCUACACCUCCACACUUGGAGGAUACCCUUCUUUCUCCUCCACCCUCCUUCCUCCCUACACAUCAUCUUCACCAUACUCCCUGUCCACCUCACUCUCCACCCAUCUCCCUCCCUCCACCUCCCUGGAGCCCUUCAAACUCUCAUCUCACUGCCUCUUUCUCGCUUCUUCCCCGCCCACCACUGAUCAUCUGAGACCACUCCCUGACUCUGAGAGAGCAGCUCUGCCUACCUCAACUGGAUCAUUUUCACAUCCCUUGCCGUCCAGUAGCACUGAUGAACAUACUAGUCUUCUCAAACCAAGUACAGUUCUUGGUAAAGGAGCUGGGAGUGGCAGCAUGAUGUCAUGUGGGAUCCAGUGGUGACAUCAUCAUCAUCAUCCUCUGAACUAGGACAAGACACUAUUGGAACUACUCUACCAUCAGUUGAACUUCCUACACCUCAGUUCUCUCUACCGCCUCCCGAUAGCAGUAGCAAAGGAGACGAGGAGUCAUCAAGCAGUGAUUGGUCCAGCAGUGACGAAGAUGAUGAUGAAGGAGAUGAAGCUCCUCUGCGUCCCUCCACCCACUCUGCACUCCAGGCUCAGUGGGAGUGGAGAACCAUGGCUGACUCCCUUCCUGACAAUUCUCCAAUGGGAACAGGCCACACCCCCAAGAAGAAGCCACCACCAAUAGCUCCCAAGCCGAGAGUAUCGUGGACUCACUCGUUACCCACCACUGACCUCAACUACCAACUGAUAGAAGACCCUUCUUCCUUCUCUCAGGUCCAGGCAACUCAUGUCAGUGACCUGACCUCUCUGACCUCCAGUUUUCCUAGACCCAGGGGACCACAGGGAAGAAAUCUACCAUCAAGACUCUACAAGUAGCUACUACUGCUAUGUGUAGUAUGAUACUAAAAUAUCUGAAUCUUUUCGCCAGACUCCAUCAUAUCAUUUUGACAAAGUUAAAGUUGUGUGUAUACAGUGUGCAUUACAAUGUCAAAAAAUGCUACAUUCUCUGUAGGAUUUCAAC